CUGAAUCAUCAUCAUCACGGCGAAGUCAUCUUCUUCGCUUCUAAACCCUAGUCUCAAAGCCUGCAUACCAUCAUGGUUGAAGGGAAUGGUUUCUUGGUGAGUUCGGUUACUGAGCUUCACCGGAAAGAGAAACAGAAGAAGAAAGGCAAAUCUGGAGGAUUCGAGUCACUAAAUCUCGGUCCUAAUGUCUUCAAUGCAAUCAAGAAAAAGGGUUACAAAGUUCCUACACCAAUCCAGAGGAAGACGAUGCCGCUCAUUCUCUCUGGCGUCGAUGUUGUUGCCAUGGCUCGAACCGGUUCCGGUAAAACCGCUGCUUUUCUCAUCCCUAUGCUUGAGAAGCUCAAACAACACGUGCCUCAGGGUGGUGUUAGAGCACUCAUAUUGUCCCCUACUCGUGAUUUAGCUGAGCAGACUCUCAAGUUCACCAAGGAGCUCGGCAAAUUUACAGAUCUUCGUGUGUCCUUACUAGUUGGUGGAGAUAGCAUGGAAGACCAGUUUGAAGAGUUGACAAAAGGCCCUGAUGUUAUUAUUGCAACUCCUGGGAGACUUAUGCAUCUUUUGUCUGAGGUUGAUGACAUGACACUUAGGACGGUUGAAUAUGUGGUUUUCGAUGAGGCUGAUAGUCUGUUUGGUAUGGGUUUUGCUGAACAGCUGCAUCAGAUUCUAGCUCAGUUAAGUGAGAACAGACAGACUUUGCUUUUUAGUGCCACUUUACCAAGUGCCCUUGCGGAAUUUGCAAAGGCUGGUCUGCGAGACCCUCAGCUGGUUCGUUUAGAUGUUGAGAACAAGAUUAGCCCGGAUUUGAAACUUUCGUUUUUGACCUUACGGCCGGAAGAGAAGUAUGCUGCUUUGCUGUACUUGGUAAGGGAGCAUAUAAGUUCAGAUCAACAGACCUUGAUAUUCGUUUCCACAAAGCAUCAUGUGGAAUUUGUCAACUCUUUGUUUAAGUUGGAAAAUAUUGAACCAUCUGUAUGUUACGGAGAUAUGGAUCAAGACGCUCGUAAGAUUCAUGUAUCAAGGUUCAGGGCGAGGAAGACUAUGUUGUUGAUUGUCACAGAUAUUGCUGCUAGGGGUAUUGACAUACCAUUGCUUGAUAAUGUUAUAAACUGGGAUUUCCCUCCUAGACCAAAGAUUUUUGUUCAUCGUGUGGGAAGAGCUGCCAGGGCUGGUCGUACAGGUUCUGCAUAUUCCUUUGUUACACCCGAGGAUAUGCCAUAUCUUUUAGAUCUUCAUCUAUUCCUCUCGAAACCAAUCAGGCCUGCACCUACUGAGGAUGAGGUCUUGAAGAACAUGGAAGAAGUAAUGAGCAAAACUAGUCAAGCAAUUGAUAGUGGAGUAACAGUAUACGGUCGUUUUCCUCAGAAAACCAUUGAUCUUAUCUUUAACAGAAUCCGAGAAAUGAUUGAUUCAUCCGCAGAAUUGGAUUCCCUUGAAAGAACAUCCACAAAAGCUUUUCGCUUGUAUUCAAAAACAAAACCCUCACCGUCAAAAGAGUCCAUUAGGAGAGCCAAGGCUUUACCCCGAGAAGGCUUGCAUCCCAUCUUCAGAAGCAUAAUUGAAAGUGGGGAAUUAGAGGCAAUGGCGUUUUUCCAGAAAAUUAAAAAUUUCAGACCCAAGCAGACCAUACUUGAGGCAGAAGGUGACGCUGCCAAAUCCAAAAAUAUAAAGGGUCCUCCUGGCCAAUGGGUUGAUGUGAUGAAGAAGAAAAGAGCCAUUCAUGAGGAGAUCAUAAAUACUAGACAUCAGCAGAAUCAGAAGAGUUCCAAUAAUCAUUUAGAAAUGGAAGCUGAACCUACAACUUCUUUUGGUGAGGACUCAAUAAAAGGAAGCAAAUUAAGCGGUAAGAAAAGAAAGGGACAAGAAAGCUUCAAGGAUGAUGAAUUCUUUAUCAGCUCCAUACCAGUAAAUCAUCAUUCAGAGGCAGGGCUAUCUGUGAGGGGUAACGAAGGGUUUGGAUCUAAUAGGUUGGACGCUGCUGUGCUGGAUCUAGUUGCAGAUGAUGGGCAAGGGAUGAAGCAGCAAAAAUCAAAUUAUCACUGGGACAAGAAAAGUAAGAAGUACAUCAAGUUGAACAAUGGAGAUCGAGUAACAGCCAGUGGAAAGAUAAAGACAGAGAGUGGAGCUAAGGUGAAAGCAAACAAGACAGGGAUAUACAAGAGAUGGAAAGAGAGGUCUCACAAGUCAGUAUUCGGCAGAGACGGCGGAGAUGCAGGCGAAACCACAAGCAUGUCAGGUAGAGGUGGCCGAGACGGUAAGAGACGGCAAGGAUCAGUGCCUAACGCGCAUGUGCGUUCAGAGAUUAAAGACCUGGAGCAGGUGCGUAAAGAGAGACAGCAAAAGGCGAACAAGGUGUCUUAUCUGCAGAGCAAGAGGGGUGGAAGAGGUGGGGCCAGAGGAGGCCGUGGUGGUGGGGGUAGGGGCGGUAGAGGUGGUAGAGGCGAUAGAGAUUUUGGCGGUGGUAGCAGCAGGGAAUCGGGUGGGAGAGGAAGCGGGAGAGAUUUUGGCGGUCGUCGUGGUGGUAGUAGUACUAGUAGUAGAGGUGGCAAGAGAGGAGGAGGAAGAGGGGGUGGGGGUAAACGUGGGAGAGGAAGAUAGUCAUGAGCACUCUAUAGACGCGAUAAGACUCGUCAAAACUUUUGAGCUUAGACAACUAUUACUUAUCAAAAUGUUAUACGACUCACUGAGCUUUCUCUACUCAAAUUUUGUGCAAAACUUCUUUAAUCUUGUUUGUGUUAUUUUCUCCAA